AUGGCCUCCGACACCCCUCCGCAAUCCGGCGAGCAGACCUCCGCACCCACUCCACAGAAGGAAAAGCUGUUCGGCAGGAAAUUUUACGAGAGCAUUGGCAGCCCCAAAUAUGUCGUUGCGCCGAUGGUCGACAGAUCUGAAUUUGCAUGGCGCAUGCUCACUCGAUCUUUCAUGCCCCCAGACGAACCCAAGCCAAUGCUCGCAUACUCGCCGAUGUACCAUGCUCGGCUGUUUGGCGAACAAGAGCGCGUCCGAAACCAGAAUUUUCACCCCACUCGCAAGAUCAUCGGAGGAAAGAAGGAAGAUCUGUACCUCGAUGGAAACCCCGCGAUCGACCGCCCGCUCUUCGUUCAAUUUUGCUCAAACAACCCCGAUGAGUUUCUUGAAGCCGCUCGCCAUGUGGCACCAUACUGUGAUGCCGUUGAUCUGAACCUUGGAUGUCCUCAGGGUAUUGCGCGCAAGGGACACUACGGAUCUUUCCUCCAGGAGGAUUGGGAUCUGAUUUACAAGCUCAUUAACCGCUUGCAUAGGGAGCUGUCAAUCCCCGUCACUGCCAAAUUCCGUAUCCAAGAAACCAAGGAAAAGACCCUCGAAUACGCCAAGAUGAUUCUCUCUGCUGGCGCUAGCAUUAUCACCGUUCAUGGACGCAGACGGGAACAGAAGGGCCACAUGACUGGACUGGCAGACUGGGAAUACCUGCGCUAUCUCCGAGACAACCUACCCUCAGAGACUGUGAUCUUCGCCAAUGGCAAUAUCCUUAACUACGACGACAUCGACAAAUGCCUCGAAGCGACUGGUGCUGACGGCGUCAUGAGCGCGGAAGGAAACCUCUCAGACCCUUCGAUUUUUUGCAAGCCACCCCCAGUUGGAAGCGAAGGACGAGAAUACUGGCGGGGGCGGGAUGGCAAGGGUGGUUACCGCAUCGAUGCCAUUCUACGACGAUACCUCGACAUCAUCUAUAAAUACGUCCUGGAGCAGCCUGUCCCAGAACGGAAGCCUCUGUACAUUCCAUCCGACCCGGUUGACGAAUUUGCGGAACCCGAGACGGAAGAUAAUGAUCACAACGACGGUCCCCUUAAGAAGAAGCAAAAGCGCAGCAAAGCUGACAAGGUUAAGAGGCCCAACUCUGCCAGUCUUGGAUUCAUGCAGCCACAUCUGUUCCAGGUUCUCCGCCCCAUGGUUGCCACUCACACUGACGUCCGCGAUGCGCUUGCGAGAUCACGACCGGGCGACAUGGCGGCUUUCGAGCAUACUCUUACUGUCUUAGAGAAAGCGAUCAAAGGUGGCCUCCAGGAGUAUGAAGCAUGUCCGGAGAAGUUUGAGGCCAAACCAAACGAGACUUUGAAAGGAUCGAAAGCGACUAUUGCUGAAUAUGGACGGCCUUGGUGGGUCUGCCAGCCCCAUGUUCGUCCUCUGCCGGAGGAAGCAUUCGAAACUGGAGCGCUCAGAGAGAAGGGUUCCAAGCCUGUUUCCAAGGGCGAAAAGGAAGAAGCCAAAGAAUCAGGAGAUGCCAACGCUUCUACCUCCGAGGGCACAGUCACCCCUGGCGACGGUACUGUCAACCCAACUGAGGCGCUCACUCCGGAUCGCAUUGUGAGCGGAUGA